UAACGGUGAUUUGUGUUUUUACGUAAAUGCAGAUGGACGAUGAGACAUUAUUUUUAGAUGAAUGGCAACUCAUUAAGAUUGUUCCACGUGCAAGAUUUCGGCUUUACACGAUCCCGGUGAAUCCAUGUGUUCGCCAAAAUGUUUAUUCCGUACAAGGAAUGCUGGCGGCAUAACAGCGAGAAUGAAGCUACAGAAAGCCUUGAUUGAUUGACAGCUGCUCAGACGGCUAUCCGUUGCCAUGGAAGCGGAGGCUGACAAAGAUGAUCUACUUGAGGAUCCAGAUUUCCCAGUGGGUGACUCGGCACUAUUCUCUGACUACUCCACACCACUCUCCAAACUUCUUGGACAGGUGACGUGGCUCCGACCACAGGAAAUCUGUGAGACUCCUACGCUCUUCCCUGACAACCCAGCUGAGGGCCAUGCAAAACAAGGCAUUCUGGGAGAUUGCUGGUUCCUGUGUGCGUGCACUAUGUUGCUUAGGAACCGAUACUUGAUGGACAAGGUACUGCCCCCAGAUCAGCCGUGGUGGGGUGAGAGUGGUUACCGUGGCGACGUCCUCGUGCGGUUCUGGCAGAACGGGCACUGGACAGACGUGCGGGUGGACGAUCGGCUUCCCUGCGUCGCCAACAAACUUUGCUUCUCCCACUGCGUGUCCCAUGAUGCAUUCUGGGUAGCCCUUCUGGAGAAAGCAUAUGCCAAGUUACGGGGCUCGUAUGAGCGUUUGUGGGCGGGGCAGGUGUGCGAGGCUUUGGUGGACCUGAGCGGUGGAUUGGCUGAGCGCUGGAGCUUGAAGGCGGAGGAGCAACAACAUGUGAACUCAGACGUAGCGGAUGCACUGACUGGGCGGAGACUGGACUUUAAGCUCCUCCCACAUAUGCUGAAAGAGCGUUACACCAUCAGCUGCAGUGUCCACAGCUCCCCUACUGGAGCGAGCGAGCUCGGGCAGUAUCAUGCUUUGAAUGUUCUGGAGUGGACAGAUGUGAGAACACAGGCAGGAGAGGAGGUGCGUCUGCUGAGGAUACGGAACCCAUGGGGACGGAGGUGCUGGGGCGGGGCCUGGACGGACAGUGGGCCGGGCUGGAGCACUCUGGAUCCAGCCUGCGCUAUGGACCUGCUCGGGCGCAUUGACCAAGGGGAAUUCUGGGUAGAGGAGGCGGAGUUCCUCAGCGAAUUUGAUGAGGUCACAGUCGGCUAUCCAAUCAACGACGAGGGCCACCUCCAGAGUAUCUACACUGGGACGGUCCUGAGCCACACCCAUCAGAUUGGUGGCUGUUGGGUGACGGGUCAGUCGGCAGGGGGUUGCCGUAACAGCAGUAGCUAUGGCAACAAUCCAAAGUAUUGGCUGAGAGUGCGUGAGGCUGGAGAGGUGCUGGUCUCUCUCCAGCAGUGCAGAAAAUACUUCACGGAGCGCAGUUACACAGUACAGUCACCAGGGGGCAGCAGCCAGCAGCCUUCUCAGCACCAUGCCAUUGCCAUACACAUGUGGAAGGUGGAUGGGAAGCGUGUUAACGUGACGCGGACGUUGAGUAAGACGCCUUGUGCUUCGACGCACUGCCAUGCAUAUGAGCGUGAGGUGGUUUUACACACACACCUGAGUGCUGGCUUCUACCUGCUCAUACCCAGCACCUUCCAGCAGGGGGCAGCAGGGAGCUUCCUGCUCCGUCUGCAUUCUUCCAGCUCUGCCAGCUUCAGUGCUGUGAGAGCGGCAGUGCCCUUGUUGCCGUCGGUAACAGACGGGGAGUGGGAGACGACUCAUUCUCAGGGCAGCUGGAUCCCCGGAUCCUCGGCCGGAGGCGGCCGGAAUUUUCCUUCCCACGGAGAGAACCCACGAAUACCGCUCACCGUGACCUAUGAUCCCGGGGGAACCAAUGUCAGGGUCACGCUAUGGCAGAGCGGCCCAGACAGCGAUCUCCACGCCAUCGGAUUUCACAUUUAUACAGCGGUGGAAAGCAGCUCAGUUUGCGACUCUGAGCCAGUCGUUAGCUGUGUUCCUCACUGUUACAGUCGGGAGGUGUGUGUGAGCUGCACACUCUCUCCUGGUCAAUACAUCAUCAUCCCCUCUACAUACCAACCCAACCUCAAAACCAGCUUCAACCUCACCGUCCAGCGCAGGAUAUACCGGAAAGUGGUGAACAGUCAGGAACGUUUAGGACAAGCAAUACAAGAGGUGUCUAACGUCUCUGUGAUGCGGUGCUAG